ACCAAAAAGAAGCCCCUCUUUUUAAAGGCUCUCCUUUUCUUUUAAUUUUUUUUUCAUUUCGCAUUUCCUUGUCGUGUUUCGUCUUUUGUUAUUGUUGUUCAUCGUUCAAUCUCAUCUUCACAGAAUCGUCAUCUUUUCGAUCCCUCAACCUUUUAACUGAAAUCAUGAGUGACGCAGGAGAAAGGACCUGCCCCCUUUGCGCAGAGGAGAUGGAUUUGACCGAUCAGCAGCUCAAGCCUUGCAAAUGUGGUUACGAGAUAUGUGUUUGGUGUUGGCAUCAUAUAAUGGAUAUGGCUGAGAAGGAUAAGACUGAGGGGAGGUGCCCAGCGUGUCGUAGCGCUUAUGAUAAAGAAAAAAUUGUAGGGAUGGAAGCUAACUGUGAGAGGUUGGUUGCUGAAAUUAAUUCGGGGAGAAAAACGAAGUCACAAAAGGCAAAGACUAAAUCAUCUGAAGGAAGGAAGCAACUGAGCAAUGUGCGAGUCAUCCAAAGGAAUCUUGUUUACAUAGUUGGGCUACCGCUUAAUCUGGCAGAUGAAGACCUUCUCCAACGCCGAGAAUAUUUUGGUCAAUAUGGUAAAGUUCUAAAAGUAUCCAUGUCUAGGACUGCUGCUGGUACUAUCCAACAAUUUCCGAACAAUACAUGUAGUGUAUAUAUUACUUACUCAAAAGAGGAGGAAGCAAUUUGUUGUAUCCAAUCUGUACAUGUGUUUGUCUUGGAUGGCAAACCAUUAAAGGCAUGCUUUGGUACAACAAAGUAUUGUCAUGCAUGGCUGAGAAAUAUGCCUUGCAGCAAUCCUGAUUGUCUAUAUUUGCACGAGAUUGGUUCUCAAGAGGAUAGUUUCACAAAAGAUGAGAUUAUAUCAGCAUACACAAGGGUUCAACAAAUAACUGGUACAACAAACAAUAUGCAACGGCGUGUUGGGACUACAUUACCUCCCCCAGUGGAUGAUUAUUACCCCAACAGUUCUGCUUCUACAGCAAAACCCAUUUCUAAAAAUGCUCCUAAUAAUAUGGUAUUGAGCAGUCAAAAAGAUUCUCCCUCAAAUGGAAGCACUGGUAGAUCUAUUGGUCUUCCUGCUGGAGCUUCAUGGGGAAUGCGUGCUUUAAAUCAGCCACAAUCGGCCAGUUUAACAUGUUCAAAUGGACUUUCUAAGCAGAAAUCUGAUACAGUUAGCAGCACGUUACCAUUUCUAUCUGCAGUAAUGAACACAAAUCGGGCUUUUGCAUUACACGAUGAUGCCAAAAAGAACCCGUCUGAGGAGAUUGAUGUUAUGUAUUUGAAGGGUAAACCUGAUUCUUUAGAGCAAAAUACUGUUUUAGAUUCUCGAACUACUGCUCCAGAGAAACCUUCUUCACCUGAUGGAGUUCCUACUUCUAAAUCAUUAAGCAGCCAGAUAUCUUAUCCUCCAGUAUCCAGUUAUAAUGACCCGAGCACUUAUACACAAUCAACUGUUACAAGCUCUAUCUUUGACCAUGGUGGGAAGUCUUUUAUUUCCUCCAGUGAGAAAGGAAGGAGUAUGUCCUCUACUGAUGGGGAGAUACAGAGCUUGUGCUCUGAUGUUGCAUCCUUGACCUUAGAUAGGAAUGUCGCGAAUGGACAUUUAAAUGUAGUUAGACCUAGCAGUUCAGCUUCCAAUCAUGGAUCAAACAGCUCUUCUAGCAGUCAGGGGUUACAACAAUGUUGUUCUGAGCACUACCGGGAACCUUUAAGUUCCACAUCCCCUGGGAGAUCUGCAACAUCUCCCGAAAGGGUGUCUGUUUCGAAAGAGCAGUCUGAUUGGAGAAUUGUUACUCAAACUCAAGCAGUGGCAAGUUCAAGUUCUGAAAUUGAGGAAGACAUAUUGUCUUUUGAUAAUCAAAGACUGAAGGAUCCAGAAGUUAUUAGCCGUUCAAAUUAUAUGCCUAACUCACCAAUUUCACUGCAUUUAUCAAAUCUUUCUAGGUCCCAUUCUUUCCAAAAUGGCGAUGCUUGUGGUGCUGUUAGUUCGAAUGCUGAUACUUUCUUUGUAGAUAAUCAAGCUAGUGCUGGUUUACAUCUUCAUGGAUCAAGUGUUUCAUCUUUAUCAAAUGGAUACCCUCAGAAGUACAUUAGUAGUAGUAUUGGUUCUGGUAUUACCACUGAAGGCAACCUUCUGGUUUCAAAUCAAGAGAAAGGGAAACAGAUGGGAAGAUUCCUUGGUAAUGCUAAGAGCAACACUUCCAAAGACACAGGAGAGAACAGCAUAAUUUCAAACAUAUUGUCAUUAGAUUUUGAUACAUGGGAUGAGUCCCUUACUUCACCUCGGAACUUGGCUAAACUGUUGGAUGGCACUGACCAGCAGCAGCCCAAUUCUCUCAAAUUAUCUAGCUCAGGGAAGGCUCUGAAUAGCAGUCAGUCCAGAUUCUCAUUUGCAAGACAGGAAGAUUCUAGUUAUCAUCCUUUUGGUGUUGAGUCCUCGUCUAGUGUUUUUGGGCAAAUGACACAGAACCACAUUUCUAGCCAAGUUUUUGCUGAAAGCAGGGAUCUCUAUCUGAAUGCAUUUGGAAUUUCUAAUGGGUUUUCUCCAAGUAGUUUUGAUGAAUAUGAGAAGUUUACUGGCAGUCCUUCACUUUUCUCUUCUAAUAAGCUUUCUGUUUCAAGAGCUCAAGUGUCGGCCCCACCUGGAUUCUCUGUUCCUAGCAGGGCUCCACCUCCAGGCUUUUCUUCUCAUGAGAGAGUAGACCACAGUUUUGACACACCCGGAAAUCACUUGAUGGACUCUUCAUCCCUGUUACGAAAUUCGUAUCUGGCUCCAGUUAGUAGUGGUUUUGGUGGCGCCGAGGAUGUAGAAUUUAUGGAUCCAGCAAUUUUGGCAGUUGGUAAGGGUAGACAUCAAGGAGGGCUCAACAAUUCAGGCUUAGAUAUUAGAUCAAAUUUUCCUCCACAGUUAAGUCCCUACGAAAAUGAAGCCAGAGUUCAGCUAUUGAUGCAGAGAUCUCUUUCUCCUCAUCAGAACCUAAGACACGACGUCGGGGAUAGCUUUUCUUCACUUAAUGACUCUUAUGGACUUUCUUCUAGGCUAAUGGGUCAAUCACAAGUGAACAAUAUAUCCCCAUAUGCACAGUUGCCUCUCCAACAGUCAAGGAAUUUACAUAUGUCAAAUGGUCUUCAUUGGGAUGGAUGGAAUGAGGUCCAAGGUGGAAACAGUGCUGGCAUCGCUGAGCUCCUAAGAAACGAGAGAUUGGGAUUUAACAAGUUUUAUUCUGGUUAUGAAGAUUCAAAGUACAUGAUGGGUGAUCUGUAUAACAGAACAUUCGGAAUGUAAUUGUUGUCAGAAUACUCUUUUUUGACAAUGCUUUGCCAAAAGAGCAACUUCAUGCAAUAUUGGCCUCAUGUUGAGGAUAGCAUAUGUUGACUUGUAAGUGGUCCCCUUUAGCAGCCUCAUGAAGAAUCAAAAACUUCCAACAACUUAGGCGAAUACACGGUGACCACAAAUGAGCAGGUUUCCUUGAAUAUUUUUGCAGGCGAACUGAGCUUCUGCAACGGCUAUUGCUUGAUAUAAUUUGAUUGCACCGCAGAGUGCUUGCGGUAUACGAUCUUAUCAACUAACUGCCAGGUUGGUUCUCUCCCUAUGCUGAUCAAUACACACCCCGAAAGUAAAAAUAUGGUGGUUGCUCAUGCUCCGACUGGAACCCAGUUUUACAUUUUUUGUUCAAGAAUCAAUGAAUUUGAUUGAUGGUGUAUAUAGAGUUAUCAUAUUGUUUGUGUUUCAGAGAUGGAUAUACUGUGGUGCCUGAGCUGGCCCCCAUUAAAACCUCUAAAACUACAUUUUUUGUUUGGUAGUGUUUCGUUAUGCAAAGUACAAGAAGAGCUACUUUUGAAGGGAAGUAAUAAUAGUGUUCACUUUUCGGGUUAUUAUACUAAGCAGGUCUAAGAUGAUGUCAUGUUUUUUUAUGGUAUAGUAUAAUAAUAAAAUAAUAGAAAUUCUAGAUCUCUUGUACCAACAGUUCGGCCCCUCAAUUGUGAGGUGUGAACAUUUUUGAAAGGCAUAUUUGUGCUUUUGUUUUUACAAUGGUUGGAAAUGCAAAUUUAUGCGGUUAUUAUA